GUGCGCAUGCAGCAUUGCCUGCAGGGGACCGAACCCAAACGAAACCAGGGGUCCAGAAUGGAUCCAGAAUUCCAAGAAUUUAAGAUUGAGGAUUUCUUUUAAUUGGUUGCAAUUAGUUUUAAUAUGGAUGAUAAAGAGGAGUUAAUAAAAUGUCUAGAAGAAAAAAUAAAUAUGGGUAAAAAAGCAGUGGAGAGGUUAAAUAACAUGGAUAAAGUUGAGGGAGCUGAAAAACUCGUUAGAAAGUUUAUGCAAGAGAUUCGAUUUUUAGAAAAGGUACGCUCUACAGGAGCCUUAAAGAAAGAACAUCUACAAAGUACGAAUCUCAUCCACCUCAAUGCAAUCCUAGACUAUCUGCUAGCAGCCAAAGAUCCAAUCCACGUUCUGAAGCCCUUCAAGCACAAAAAUUCUAGGCUCGAGGUGGACAUCGUCUCCAAAGGUGGUUCGCAGUGGAUCAAAGUCAUCGCCAGGAAUGCGAGAGCUCUUACUCUAAUUUCAAAAGGAAACGGGGAAUAUGGUCAAAAAUCGGUUAUUGAUCAAGCCAAUAGUUAUUUACAAUGCGCUAUCAAUCAUCCGCACAUGUACAGACCGCCAGAAAUUGUUUUCCAUUUUGCUUACGGAAUUGAAAUCCCACUAGCUGAAAAAUUGGAAAAUAAGGGGAUUGUAGUCGGAGGCGAAAAGAUGCCUGGAAUGGAUUCCUUCGAUGAAGAUCUCAACGGUUCAGAAACGGAUGACGAUUCCCUAACCGAUGGCCUUUUUCGACCCGAAACCUCUAACAUCCCCGAAUUAAAUCGAAUAGAUCCAGAAAUAAACUUAUUGAAUCUCGAUGUUUCAACCCUACUUGCUUAUGUAACAAACAUGACAAAUGGCCAAGCUCAUUUUGUUUACAAAGAACCGUUAUUAACAACUCAAGCCGAAUGGGAAAGAAGUCGACCUGUGAAACCAGUUCUGGAUCAACUUUUUGCUGACAAGGAACUUCUUGUCUGCAAAACUGCUUAUGAGAAUUUCAUGAAUAUAAUCGAUGUGAUUGGUGGACCAAAUGAAAUUAUAAGAGCAGAAGAAUUAAUGAAAAGGGCCAGAAUCGUUGAUGAUGUUCCUAGGGGAAGAAUUAUUGAGAGAUUGAAUCUUGGUGGGAAAAUUAAAGACAGAUCGAGAGUUGUUUUUGCGACUGGAGAAAAUUUGGAGAGCAUUACUGUCACUGCGAAUGAAGGUUUCGUGAGAGCUGCACGGAUGCAGGGAAUUGAAUGUAUGGUUUUCAUCCACGAGCCGAGGUCCUUAUCCGAACUUAAGGAAAAAAAUGCGACGAGAUUAUGACCAGAUUUAAAUUUAAAAAGAAAUUUAAACGGAAGUUGCUCGUAUGUAUGUAUUGUUAAACAUCCACAAAGUUUAUUAUCUUUAUCUAAUUUGUAAAUAAAUGAAUCGUUCUUAA